CUUUAUUUUAACUGUGCGUGCACGUUAUGGUACAAAUUCACGUUAGGGCGCACGCGUAUCCUUAUACGUUGUUGGACUGAUGUUUAGAUAGAAACAAAAGAAAUAGGAAGCCAGGGCUUUGUAUGAAACCCCGUGAGGAGUUUCCAGCUUCUUGAACGCGCGAUUGAAUUUGAAGCUAGCUCGUUUGUGUGACUCGAUUAAUAUUUUAUUGGCUUUUUGUAAUAGCAGCAAGGAAGCUCCUAGUGUGGGUGUGAGACGACGAUAUGCUGUAUAUUGACAGCGAGUGUUCAUUUGUCAAGGCUGUAGAGUAAAGUGGUGAAUGAUCGCACUAGUGUAUCCUCUCGUGUCGGAUUUUCUUAUUUGAUAGCUGUGUGGAAACUCUUUGUUAAACAUCGAGACCUUUUAAUGAACGUAUUUAGUAGUCUAUAAAGUCCGAAAUGUAAGUUUUAAGUAGCGGAUUCGUGACAACAACAACAGUGCUACAGUGAAGUGAGCACUACACCGGGGCCAAAUAAAUUUAAAUGGCGGACGCUAAUGGCACGUCUACCCCGGCCCGUUUCUAUGGUAACCUCCACCCUUGCCCCGCCCACUCGUUCGCUUAUAAAAGGCGGAGAGACGCGUCUAUAAAUCAAAAUUCCACUCAGGAGUGAAGGAUGCGCGGAUGAUGCGGUGCCUCUAGAGAACCAAAAGUUCAUAUGCUGGAGCUGAUCCUGAUUCAACUCGUCCUAUUGGUCUAAUCCCAAUCCAUGAAAAACACACUUUUAAAACACUUCUCCGGUCUGAUACACACUAAGGUGUCUCCGGUCUCUGGACCCUUUGGCUCCACUUCUCCUCCCAGUACAGAAUACUCUGCAUUAAGUUUGUUGGUGGUAGCAUGGCAGCAGCAUUCCUAAAUGGGAAGGAUGCAAACUCUCUCCUCAAGCGUUUUCCACGGGCUAAUGGGUUCCUGGAGGAGUUUCGGCAGGGCAACAUCGAGAGGGAGUGUGUGGAGGAGAGCUGCAGCUUCGAGGAGGCCAACGAAGUGUUUGAGAACAAGGAAAAAACAAUGGAGUUCUGGAAGACGCGUAGCUUGUACACCGUGAACAACAACGCAGAAACGCGUUCAGGGCGCGCCGACACCGUGUACAUGGUGGUCCCGCUGCUGGGUGUAGCCCUCCUCAUCAUCAUUGCGCUCUUCCUGAUCUGGCGCUGCCAGCUGCAGAAGGCCACGCGCCGCCGUCCAGCGUACACGCAGAACCGCUACCUGGCCAACCGCAACACUCGCAGCCUUCCCAGAAUCCUCGUUCACCGCGACACCCCUUCGCAUUCGGACAACUCGCACUCUAACGAGAGGCCCAGCAUGGUGCUCAGCGGAGGGGAAAGAGAAAGAGGUGGAGUAAGCUCAGGGACCCUGGACUGCUCAUUGCAACCUCCGAACGGCCGCGGACUCUACGUGCAGGACUCGUCAAUGUCAGUCGCAUCACGUCUGUCGGGGGCCACGCCUCCACCGUCGUACGAAGAAGUGACGGGCCACUUGGAGAGCAGCAGCGACGAGACCACCACCCCAUACAGCGACCCGCCUCCCAAGUAUGAGGAGAUUGUUAAAGAAAAGUAAGGGUAGGCGUAUAGAAAAGAACUUCGUCGGUUUUCUUAAAGACCUGAGUGUGUUUCGGAUCCCAAAUCGCCACCUACGGGUGUGCAUGAGGAGCGCUACCAAAUGGUCGACCUCAAAAUGUUUUUUUCCUCCCCUGGAGUCAAAUCUUCUGGGCUUGUUUUUGUGGAUGGGACGAAUGUGUUGAUUUUUUCUCGCACUCUUCCAGAACCACAACCAGCUGCUCACCGCACGGCUACACCUCGCACCAUCGUCAGUGUCUUUCAUCGUACUCAGUGCUUUUAAUCAAUCAAGGCUCCGCCGUCGUUAAAUGAAGUGAGGUAAAGGAGACUAGGUGUUUUUCCACCAUUUUUACUUCAUACAACAUGAGGUGGAGCUGCACAAACCUAACAAGCAUUCGUGUUAUUAUUACAAAAAGACAAGCUUUUGACGAGCUUUUUUUUUUUUUUUUCACCAGAAAAUCUAGUGUUGAAUCAAAUGUAAUCAAAUGUGUGUGCCAUAUUCCACAUGUAUGUUGCUACUAGAGUGAUUAACUAGGACGUGUUGCAGACGCCAACAUUCUUAAAAACCCGCUCCAAGAAUAUAUGUACAAUUACUACAAUAUUGCAGCAGAGGAAAAAAUUUUUUUAAAUAAUAUAUGCAAAUAACAAGACACACACAACAGUGUUAGAAAAGUAUUUGAAAGAUUUGGCAGUUUGUAAAUUGUUCUUGGCUAGAAGUGCACACACAUCUCACUCUCCUAAUCUGCGUACCAAAAUCAACACACGCCUUAAACACAUGGGGUUAAACGUCAAUCAGUCGGUCUGUUCUGUGGUUAACAAAGCUGCCAAUGAAUUCACCAACAUAAUGAGGGUUUCCCCUCAAUACUGUGCUCACACACACCAAUCCCAAAACACUGUUUGUCUAUGUCCAAUGCGUAGUGGCGGCCCGUCUAUAGGGACAAAUCGGGCAGAGAGACAACAUAUUAAAGUACACUUUUUUGUUACAGCGAUUUGCUGGCUUUCUUGAUGCACCAUGUGACGCCAUAGAGUUGUUAUCACCCCUAGUGGUCAAACACAGGAACUGCAACAAUCGCUAUUAGAAGCCCAUUGGGACAAGAAUGAUGCUGCCCCACCCCAUGCCCCACGCUCAGUCUCUGAGCAAUUGUAGAGGAAGAGGAGCUUUAGACAGCACAGUGAUUGCCAGGACCAUGUUUUCUACCCCAGACUGGGGUAAAAAAAAAUUAUAUGACAAGAUCCUGUUUUGUAGCAAAUAAUUAGAAUGGAAUCGAAUUCAUUUCCACUCAAAAAGGCAAAAUUUCCUGGUAGGCAUUGUGGAUGUGACGACGUGUGAGUGGAAUAGGGAGGUUAUGGAGUGGAUGCACCAGAAAUCAUGUGCGUACACACCGCAGUGAUUGUUUUUACACACAAGGGCUGAGAAAAAGAAGGAUAAUGUGUCUCCCUUUUCCUGUGUCCAGUUUCGUUGGGCUGGAUUCAGGACUUUGAAUGGAUUUUGAAAAUAAUAAUAAAACCCUGAUUAAUGGUAGUAGCUUUAUAUCCUAUAGUAUAAGUCAAGUGUCUCUCCACUUUAUUUUAUUUGAGUCUGUGUCGUUAUUAACAUCGUCCUGCCCCACCGAAACCUAUGGUCACGAGCCGCCUCUGCUGCUGCAAAUAUAAACAAACAUAUAAUAUACAGAUAGCACAAUUACUGGAUAAACUAACAUUCCAGAUCCCUAAAGAUUCUUGCCCCCUAUUCUUCCCUCCGCUCUGACUGUUUACAGCUUUUGUUACUCUUUUUUUAUAUAACGGCAUAAACAAACUGUGUGAAAUUUGUUUAAAAAAAAAAAAAGAAAGGGAAAAAAAAAGCAUUAUGUUGCUUUCGACUUCACCAAGUGCUAUACCGUAGUAUUUUGUAUGAUGCUGCUUGUCUUCAUGCCAUUUCAUUCCUCACAAAACUCUGUACGACUCUCAGCUCGGAGUCUUAACCAGACGCUAAACUGCCCGACUGAAAUAGUCUUUGUUUUAUUUUUAUUUUUUAUUUUUUUCAGCUCAGGUUUAAGCCAAUCAACUGCCACCUUCGCAGGAAAUAUUGUGUGCGGAUAUGUAUUUAUAUAUAAACUCACACGAGUAUGAAAUUCUUUCUCACUGCCAGUACCAAAUCUAAUGAUUGUGCACUAAUAUAAGGGCGAUUAUUUUAUCUUAUUUUAUUUUUUUUUAUUAUUUUUUUUAAAAUAAUAAAUCAUUUUAAGGGCAGUAUAGCACAGUUACUAUCAGACGAAGUAGCGUCUCAUAUUAAUCACUGUAUGUUCAGCCGAGGAGCUUGACGGUGAGCUGACGUUGGCAGGACUCUCAAUCCAAAGAGUUUGACAGAGAAGUCUUUGGUGUCUGCUCUCGAUAGAAAGAAAACGCUUGCAUCCAAAGCAACUUAACCAAGCUUUUUUUUUUUUUUUUAAGUGUAGAGAUGAGGUCAGUGUAUGUUGCGUUCCUUGUUUUUUGUUUUUUUUAAUUUUAUUCUUAGGGCACACACUUCAACAGGAAAUGAAUUCACCUUUUUUGGUCUGCUCAUGCCACUUCUUUCACAGUGCAGUGUAAGACAUUCAGAGGAAAAGUGCAGUCUGCCGUCUUCCACAUAACUGACUGGAGGAUUGGCUUGGGGUCACUGUGAUUGACAGGGCAGAGAGAGAGAAUGCCCCCCCCCCACUCAGACAGCACAGCCAGUGUAGCUCUUUUGGACUCCAGGUGAUUGAGGUCUACGGCAAAUUCAGAUUUGUCUGUUGCGACAUUUGGAUAAACUAAUUUUAAGAAACUUUUUGUUAAAAAUUGUUUCUACUUGUUUCACCACUAAAAUCCAGAAGUCAAAUAAGCAUGAAUGCCUGAAAUGCAUGAAAUAAAAAUGCCUGUAGUCGGAAGUAGCUUGUUUCUUGGUUUGUUUUUCAUUUGGCUACGAUGUGUUAUUAUUAUUUUGUCCUCUUCCUCUGUCACCCUUGUGCUAUCUUUAAGAAAGCAUACAAUGAUCUAUAUUUAGUCCGUCAGGCACUAACUGCAAUCUUCAAUCGAAACCUUUUGCUGUUAGCGACCCUGUAAUUGCUGCUACGCAUCCAGGUGCCUGCUGAAGAUCAUAAUUUUAAGCCCAGCAAUUCCAAAAAAAUAAAACAAAAUAAUAAAAAUAAAAAAAAAAACAAAGAUGAACGCAACAUACGCUGAUCAGUUGAGCUCAGGCUUUCUGUUUACCUUCUGUUUUAGACCCCCGACUGAUGCUAUAUCCUGGGAUUUGAACUUGGGAGCAAAUCUAGAGCAAGAAAUUCAGAUUGUAUCUCUGAACACGACGCUGAGAUGAUUCGAGAAGUGAUUAUGGAAGUGGCUAAAAUGGUUUAAGUGCAUGAGGCUUCGUUGCUGUAUGUGUUAGGAAGUUCAAAAUUCAGUUUUUGGGGUGGAGCUUCAAUUUCCCAUGCCUUUUAUUUCCUGUCUGUUUUUUUUUUUUUUUUUAACACAGUAGAGGUGUUGAUCAGAUUAUCGAAGCCUUGUGAAUGCUUGAUUGAAUGAAAUUUUACACCAAGCCUCAGUGACUGCAUCAAGUAUCGUGAUGGCCAGGAUAUCUGAUCUUAGAGCAGUGUGUGAUUUUUUUUCUGUUCCAAGCUUAGGGAGUGCUACGGAGCUUAGAAGCUGAAAACAGUGUUUGAAAAUGAAUUGCUUAUAUAGGCCACAUUUUUAAGUUCUCCACAAAAUAGCUAGUGUUUCUAAAGUGAUGUUAAAUACACGACCAGCGUAAAUGUUUAGGUUUUUGUAACGCUAUUGCCUGUUAGGCUAUGCUAACACAACCAUUGUUAGCAGCUAACUGUUUAAUAGCAGUGUGUUUUUCAGUGCAAUGUUGAUGUGUUCCCUCAUUACGGUCCUUAACAUCCAUUUUGACCAACCCAUGUCUGUUCGCUUCAGUUCAUGGACACGAGAUUCGCAGACAUCUGAUCAUUCAUAACCUGUCAGUCUGUAUGUAUAUAAUUCAAAUCUAUGUUCAGAUACUUGUCAGCUUCUAAUCUUCGUACAUGUGGAUCAUUUCAGAAGAAACGUUACAGAUAAUGUGUUUUGUUAAAGGUUUCGAUUCAAGCACCACACAGUCACAUCAGUUGCUAAUUAGACCAGUGUUUGUUAGAGAAUGGCAGAGUGUGUGUGUGUGUGUGUGUGUGUGUGUAUGUAUCUUUAAUAUUCCCACUUCCCCACCUACAAUGUGCCACCAGAGCCAUGUAAUUUGUUUACAUGAUGGAGCGUGUUUCCGUGCACCUUCGUUCUUCUGCUCAGCUUCUCUGCAUGAUGCUUGUUUCAUUUCAUUCUAACGUCUUAUUUUUUAAAACGGAAAACUACAUCUAUCUUUUGACUAAGGCUCUAGAUAUAUAUGUUGUACGUUGAUGUGCUGGUUACACCUAUUUAAACUUUCUUUUUUUUCCUCAACACUGUUGAAUUCGUAAUACCUGUUCAUGUAAUACGAUCAAAUGAUACGUGCGUGUACGUGUGAAAGUGUAUAAAACAUGUUAAACACAUCUGCUGGUAUAGUUUCACCUUCCCCAUUCGACACAGAUCUACUAUUUUUAAUAUACAUAUGCCCAUAUACUCUCACUGGCCACUUUAAUAGAAAUGCCUACAGAGAUGUUUCUGCGGUUCAUUCAUGCAGUUGUUGAAUUAUCAGCCAAUCAGGUAGCAGCAGUGAAGGAACAUGAAAAUCGUAUAGAUACGCGUCAAGAGCUUGAGUUGACUGCUGAGCUGCUACGAUUUUUUAGCACAGCGAUCUCUGUAGUUUACACGGAAUGCUUUAGUAACUCAAAUAACCACGCUUUACUGGCAUGGUGAGCUGAAAAUCAUCUCUUCGAAAGCCCUGAAGCUUGAGGUGGAGGAACUACGACAGCAGACUACGUUGGUUCCAUGGUUUUCUGCAAAAAAUAAAAAAAAAAUGGAAAAUUUCUUUGCAUCAAAAUGUUGAAGUUUUAAUUAAAAAUCAGCAAAAUUAAACAAAUUCUGAAAAAAAGGUGCAAAAUCAAGCAUUUUUUGGAGUGGAAUGAUCACAGAUAAACUCUGUGAGAUCCUGGAUGGACUGAUUACUAGCUGAUUGGAUGAUUGCAUGAAUAACCAGAGUUCCUAUCAAAGUGGCAGCCUUGAUGCAUUGAUGCUGUAAUAUAUUGGUUUUAUUCUUUUGCAGAAUUUUAGCCUAUUCAUAAUCAAGCUACAGAUACACAUACAGGGCUUGGGAUACCAUUAGCUAAAGGUCAAGGAAGAUGAAAGUGAAGAUGAUUCUCAUGAUAUAUGGUUUGUGUUUGUUUUUCGGUGUCUUAAAAAAACUGUAAUAUGUUGGUCUUCCCCCUGCCAAAAGGACAUUUUUCCCAAGUUUACGUCUUUAUAGAGCUUCCAGUCACACUGGCAUAUAAAAAAAGGACAUGAUACUUAUGUAAUCCCAGCUGUAAGAAUCUGCUCAUAUGUCUGUCAGUCUGGUCUUUGAUGCUGUACAGGUCUCAAGCUUCAACGACAAAAAAAAAAGUGUUAUGUACUGCGUUUUGGAUUUCUCUAUUCGCUUCUUCAGGUACAUUUUUUUGCAGUAGAUUGUGAACACGUUUUUAGGUUGACCCUUAUGUAUGACAAUUAAAGCUCCAAAGUACAGUAUUAGACAACUUUUGCUUUACUAUUACAAAAUGUACCUUGAUGCCAUGGUUUACAUUUUUUCAUACAGAUUUUAAAGACAUGUUUCAUGGAAGAAUUUCACAUAUCUUUCACCAGAAAUGUAGUUGAUCAACUGUGAAUAUUUGUAUUUGUAUUUUUUUUUUUUUUAAUUGAGUUAUUCGGUGGAACUUUGAGGCUAACAAAUAAAAGAAGCUCAUGACACCCAAUUAGCACCAAGCAAAACAACAUUUUGGCAAAUAUCUUUCCGUUUCUCAAAUGAUGAAAUUGUACAACACAGGUUUAUUUUAUUUUGCCACUAAGUUUGAUGCUAAUUGUUAGUUAGAAGCUUUUAUUGUUUGUAUAUCUAGUUUUUUAGGUUCCUAAACUUAAAAAAAAAAAAAAAAAAAAAAAAAAAAGACGUGGCUGAUCAACUUAACCAAUAUUCAGUAACAAUAUUGUAUAAUUUAUUUUAUUUUUUUUUCACCCUGAACCAUAAUUCAUUUUUAAAAUAAUCAAUGGACUCGAUGUGCACAGAUAGCUGGGGUUAAUGCUGAUAUUUUCACCAUGAUUGGUGAUGUAAAUAAAUCUGUAUUUUUUAUUUUAGCUUCUGUUUAUUAUUAUUAUUAUUAUUAUUAUUAUUAUUAUUAUUAUUAUUAUUAUUUAAAAAUGGAAUUUACCCCCCAUUCUAUUCUACUCUGGCAUAACAAUGUGUUUCUAAGUGCCAAAAUUUCAUUUCUCUCAAAGCACUGACUAUAUCUUUUGUGAAUUAUUAAACAAGUGAAUUAUAAAACUGUGGUCAUUUUUU